CGCACCGGAAAUCCCGCCCGUGCCGCGGCCCUGUGUUUGCGCUGCGGGCAGAGAAAGGAGCGGAGCGCCUGCAGCGGCCCAGCCGAGCCUGCCGCACGACACGGGGCCGAGCCAUGUCUGACCAGGAAGCAAAACCUUCAGCUGAGGACUUAGGAGAUAAGAAAGAAGGGGAGUACAUUAAACUCAAAGUCAUUGGGCAGGACAGCAGUGAAAUUCACUUCAAGGUGAAAAUGACAACACACCUCAAGAAACUCAAAGAAUCAUACUGUCAAAGACAGGGUGUUCCAAUGAAUUCACUCAGGUUUCUCUUCGAGGGUCAGAGGAUUACUGAUAAUCAUACCCCCAAGGAGCUGGGGAUGGAGGAGGAAGAUGUGAUUGAAGUUUAUCAGGAACAGACGGGGGGUCACUCAACAGUUUAGAUCCUUCUGAUUUUCUUCCCCUUAAUCCUUUUUUAUUUUUAAAUAAUAGUUCUUUUGUAAUGUGGUGUUCAACACUGAAACUGGCACCCCAUCUCUGGGAGUUUACUUUCAAGCGUCUGGUAUUUUGAAUUCUCGUGCUCAUUAUACACUAUUGUUUCUGUUUUCAUUGUGCUGAACUUCUGUGAUCCAGCUGCAACCUUGCUCCCCUCUUCCCUUCUGCCCUCCCCUUUAGGAAUACAUGUACUCACAUGCAUUUGUAUGUUCACUGGGUUCGUGCAUUUCAGGCACGAAGGCUGUAAGAUCUGCCAGGUGGGCGAGUGUUCUUAAUGACUUCCAUAUCUGCCCUGAAGUUUUGAUGUGUGACUGUCUCACUCCUGGACUAUAACUUUCAGUGCGAGAUGAAGUUUUUCAGAGAACUAAACUGUGGAGAAGUUGUGUAUCCAUAACUCAGAGCUAUUUUGCUUAAAUUAUGCUGAUGGCCCGAUGAGGAAGAUCGACGAGUUGGAAAUGGAAAAGCUAGAACUGUUGUCAUCUGUUCCUUGCUCCAGAGAUGGCUUUGCUGAAGACGUGAAAUUGAAAACCCUAAUGAUUUUUAAAUAUUACCAGAAGAGCCCAGAAGCAUUUUAACCUCAUAUAGCAAUUAGUACGCGCAGGUAUCCAUGCAGGAAUGUUCACAGCAGCCAACUGGUGUUACUUUGACACGCUUGUUUGUACCUUUUGGCCUGGGACGUGGGUUUUGAAUGGACAUUGUCUGUACCAGCUUCAUUUAAAAUAAACAAGAAAACCAAUUUUAUAAACAACUUGCAUUUUCUUUU